AAUCAUAGAUAAAAGAAAAAAAGAGUAAAGAAAUGGAUCAGCGCUGCUCCAACAGAAAAUGGUCCACACAUGGAGUUUUAUAUUUGGAAAUUGGGAGGAUUCAAAAAAUUCUCAUAUACAGUUAUUUCUAUCUAUAUAACUUGGCAUCAUGGACAAGCUUUAAAGGUUGCAUAAUACCUUCAAAACCCUCCACAUCCACUUCCUGCAGUAAGCUAAAACUCUUCAAACAGCACAGAGCCUUGUCUUAGCAGCACAGAAGUGAUCAUGGCCGUUGAUCACGUAUCCUGUGACCAUGCAGACGACGACUACAUCGACAUGGAAGUGAGCUCAUACUCUGCCUACCUGUGCCACUCCAUGAGCUCUCCUCCACACCCCAGAGAGUUUGAGUUUCAAAUGUCAUCCAUUUCCCUAGAGAGAGAGCCUCCCUCAACUUCCCCAGCUGAUGAGCUUUUCUACAAAGGAAAGCUCCUUCCCCUCCACCUUCCCCCUCGUUUACAAAUGGUUGAAAAACUACUGCAAAACUCCACUUCUGCAUUUGAUAGCCGAAAAGAUAUGUUCGAAGAAUUCUAUAGCACUCCAUUGAUGAACACUGCUGCCCCAACGCCAACCACAACCAGCACUCCAUUUGAAUCCUGCAACAUCUCACCUUCUGAGUCUUGCCAGGUUAGCAGAGAGCUGAACCCAGAAGAGUAUAUUUUGGAGUAUGCAACUGAAGUGAGUGGCUUUAUCCAUGAAAACCCAAAAAAGUCUUGGACCAGAAAGUUCAAGCAGUCAUUACUGGGAUCAAAGCUGAAGGCUUCCCGGGCUUACCUCAAGUCUCUGUUUGGGAAAUCUGGUUGCUCAGAUGAGAACAGUGCAACAGCUGCUAAGAAUGCAGAUGGAGGAAUGGUUUUAAAGUCUGAGGAUUUAAGUAAAUAUGUGAAGGCGGCCAAGAAAAAUCCAUUUGGACAAAUUCAGAAAGACAAAUGCCGGAUGUCUGCUUCCGGCACGAGGAGCUUCAACAAAGACAAGAUCAUUGAAGAUGGUGCUGGUAUUCACAGAAGAUCAUUCUCACUGGCCAUCAAACGACAUUCGACAAAGAACUCAACGUCCUCUUCAUCAUCAUCUGGCUCUUCUUCAUCUUCAUUUUCAAAUCAUUCAAAUGGGACUCAGGAGCUGCAGUUUCUGAAGAGAUGCAACAGUGCAAGUUCAGAAAUUGAGAGUUCAAUUCAGGGGGCAAUUGCGCAUUGCAAGCAGUCUCAGCAACCACUUCGUUCAAGAAAGACUGUAAGCGAAGUUGGGUUUUACUCAACGUCAGCUUCCAGGAUAGCAGCUUGUGAGGACCAAGAGAGACCAGACCUUUGCAGGGGCUGAUGGGGCUCUGAGUGAGUAGAGAGAGAUGGAGGGUGUGCAAAGUACAAACUUUUGACUUGGGUUGAUGAUCUGUUUCUUUUUUUUUGGCUUCUUUCAUAAAUUUGAUAAUGGGUAUGCUUUGAUUCAGUGCAUGGCUGUCAGAAAUUCUCAUGGCAGGAGAUCCAGUUAAAGUUUGUUAAAA